AUGACUCCCCAAUCUGUCGAGAAGACCUGGUGGAAAGAAGCCGUCGUCUACCAGAUCUACCCCGCCAGCUUCCUCGACAGUAACGGUGAUGGCCUCGGCGAUGUCCCUGGCAUCAUCAGCAAGGUGCCUUAUAUCAAGUCUCUGGGAGUAGACACGAUCUGGAUCUCUCCAAUCUUCGCUUCGCCCCAAAAAGACAUGGGCUACGAUGUCGCAGACUAUCGUUGUAUCCAUGCGCCUUACGGGACCAUCGACGACGUCCAAGAGCUGAUCAACCAGCUCCACGCACAUGAUAUGCGCAUCCUCAUGGACCUGGUCGUUAAUCACACCAGUGACCAACAUAUCUGGUUCAAAGAGUCCAGCAGCUCUAAGACAAACCCCAAGCGUGACUGGUACAUCUGGCGUGAUCCCAAGUACGAUGCCCAGGGCAACCGCAAGGAGCCCAAUAACUGGAAAUCUCUCUUCGGCGGUAGUGCAUGGGCCUUUGACGAGCCCACCGGUCAAUACUAUCUCGCCCUUUUCUUACCCAGCCAGCCCGAUCUUAACUGGGAAAGUGCAGAGAUGCGCAAAGCCACUCACGACGACAUGCGCUUCUGGCUUGAUCGAGGCGUGGAUGGAUUCCGCAUCGACAGCAUGAACUUGAUGUCCAAGCACCCGGAUCUACCGGAUGGCAAGGUCGUCAAUGAAGAGCCGUACCAAUCCGGUGCCGAAUUCUUUGCUUCUGGCCCGAAGAUGCAUGAUUACGUCCGCGAGAUCAGGACCAAGGUCCUUAACAAGUACGACGUGAUGACGGUUGGUGAGCUUGGCUUCACCAAGGAUGAAAAAUCCGUCAGCGAAUACGUUGCCAAGGACCGACAUGAGCUGAACAUGCUCUUCACUGGCGACAUAUCGGAUAUGGAUUUUGGACCGAACGGAAAGUACGAGCGAGAUGACUUCCAUCCUCGGAAGAUCCGCAAGAUCACCAAUCUUUGGCAGACUGCGAUGCCCAGGUUCGACGGAUGGAACACCGUCUAUCUCGACAAUCAUGAUAGCGGCCGCUCCCUAUCUAGAUACGCUUCUGAUGUCCCGGAACACCGCUCGACUGCGGCGAAAAUGCUGGCUACGUACAUGACGACUUUGAGUGGCACUCCGUUCAUGCUUGCAGGCCAAGAGAUUGGAAUGGCGAAUCUUGGCAAGGACUACGCGGCGGAUGCGUACAUCGAUGUGGAGGGCAAGAACUACUACGAUGAAGUUCUGAAGGCUAGAGGUGGCAAUGUCGGCAAGAUGGACGAUGUCCUCCGGGAGCUGCAACUGAAGUCGAGAGAUCACGGACGAUUACCAAUGCAAUGGGACAGCUCACCCAAUGCUGGCUUCACGAUCGCGAGUGCCAAGCCAUGGAUGACUAUAAACAAGGAUUAUACCGAGUGGAACGUUGCCAGUCAGCUCGACAAUCCCGAGAGCAUCAUGGCCUAUUGGAAGCAGAUGCUUGCGCUGCGAAAGGAAUACUCUGAUCUUUUCGUCUACGGAUCAUACAUUGCCCUGGAAGAAUCUGAGACGGGUGAGAUGGUUCUUGGAUAUGAGCGCGACUGGAGCGAGACAGGUCAGAAAGCGGCUGUACUGUUGAACUUCUCCGAUCAAAUUCAGACGGUACCGGUGGAAAGGUAUGAGGGUUUCUCGAUUUUGAUUUCGAACCAGCAUGGCAUUGGUUGUGCGGAAGGCCUAGUUGAGCUGCAUCCAUACGGCGCCGUGGUCCUUUUGAACGCAUAG